AUGGAGAGUCUUCUCAACGGCUCUGGGGAUCUUCCCUCUGCUAUCUCGCAGUAUAAACACUUUCCCAUCACUCCUGAUGCUGCCUCAAAGACUCGUGGUUAUUCUUCCCGCAACCACUUUAUCCGCGCAAACGCAAAGCGCCAGGCUCUGAGCACCAGCACCUCUGUUUGCCGCGAUACCGGCUUCCACUGCACGACAGCUACCUGCGGUACCGAACACUGCCAACGCUGCGGUGAAGAUCAGAUAAAUCGCGGUGCCCGUCGUCCUCAGCUUGAAAGAGUUUUGCGCAACGAGCUCGUCUUCACUGGACCCGAGCAGCUCCGUUUAGACUAUCGAGUCCGUCAUCCCCGGAGUCGCGGCAUCCCCCGGGGCCGCACCCAAACCGCAUGCUGCUCCGAUGAGGCCGAGGGCCGGGAUCUUGCUCGCAGCAAGGUCCCGCUGCCCAGCGACCGAUAUCGCCUCGUGCGAAAGCCCACCCUCGAGCGCGAGGAGGCCUUCCGCGAUGCCUCUACAGCAAAGGGCAACAUCCGUCUGCGACGAACCCAGCCUGUGAAUGACGAUGCCGAGAUUGCCGAGCUCUACCGUAUCGGUCUUCUCUACGACGAAGAGAAGCAGCAGCCCGAAGAGGCCUUUGACCUCAACAGUAUACAGCACGAGGAGCCAGUGUAUACCAUCCGUCCUGCAAAGCGGUCACGAAAGAAUAAGAAGUCACACAGCUUCAGCUUCAACGACCCACUGCACCUGGACCUCUCCUUCACAGACCUCGGUGGCGAUGACAGCAUCGCCCAGUUCCUCUCUCCCACGCCGUCCGACGACGGCUCCAUCCCUGAAGGAAACGGGCCCUCGACCCGCUCCUUUGCUCCCCUGCGGGUGAUCUACGAGCUCGACGGUUCACAGCCGUCGUUUGACGUCGACACCUCACAGCCCCCGGACCUCGUGUCCGACCCCUUCUCAGACUAUGAUUGUUUUUCAGACAGCGACCUCGACGACCUCCCCUCAGAGCGGGAGGUCCUCGACAGUGCAGCCACUCCGUCCUCAGACGUCUGGGUCGUGCUAGGUGACGACUCGUAG